ACCCCCAGCGGAGGGCGAAAGCGAAGAGUGUAGAAGUUCUCGCUUUGCUUGUUUGCCAAGAAGAAGAAGAGGAGGCGAGAGAGUGGGUGUGAGGCGAUGGCGGCGAUGAAGCGUCUGAUCCCGUCGUUCAACCGGGUGCUGGUGGAGAAGGUGCUGCAGCCCAAGAAGAGCGCCGGCGGCAUCCUCCUCCCUGAGACCUCCAAGCAGCUGAACUCUGGCAAAGUCGUGGCUGUUGGGCCUGGUGACCGCGAUAAGGAUGGCAAGCUGAUCCCUGUUGGUUUCAAGGAAGGUGACCAUGUUCUCCUGCCUGAGUAUGGAGGACUUGAAGUCAAGCUUGGUGCUGAGAAAGAGUACCUCCUCUUCAGAGAGAAUGACAUACUGGGUACCCUCCAUGAGUGAUUUGGGUCACCGGGAAGUCAUCACUGCAAGACAAGAUGUCAAGAGUUUCGAUGCUAUCGGAUAAGCUUUGAAAUAGGACUCCGUUUUAUGGUGUCGUUAGAUUUUUGCUCAGAGGAACAUCAUGAACUUGAUAUAAUUGUUGCAACUCUUUGUCGUGAUGCUAUUUGGUGAACUUGUCUCGGCUAAAUUGCUGCCCAUAUUUUUCCUUUUU